ACGAAGCCGGAGCCGCACGCCGCCGCCGCAGCCACCUGCGCAGCAGUCAUCAAGAUGUCAUGGCACCCCCAGUACCGGAGCUCCAAGUUCCGCCAUGUCUUUGGCAAACCAGCCAGCAAGGAGAACUGCUACGACUCCGUGCCCAUCACCCGCAGCGUCCACGACAAUCAUUUCUGUGCUGUGAACCCCCACUUCAUUGCAGUCGUGACUGAGUGUGCUGGUGGGGGGGCCUUCCUCGUCAUCCCCUUGCACCAGACGGGAAAGUUGGACCCCCACUACCCAAAGGUCUGCGGGCACAGAGGGAACGUCUUAGAUGUCAAAUGGAACCCUUUCAAUGAUUUUGAGAUCGCCUCCUGUUCUGAAGAUGCCACGAUUAAAAUCUGGGACAUCCCCAAGCAGCUGCUGGCAAAGAACCUCACAGCCUUCAAGAAGGAGCUGGUGGGCCACGCACGCAGAGUGGGCCUGGUAGAGUGGCACCCCACAGCUGCCAGUAUCCUCUUCAGCUCCGGCUAUGACUACAAGGUGAUGGUCUGGAACCUGGAUACAAAGGAGGCUGUAAUCGUGAGCCCCGUGAAGACAAUUAACUGUCACCAAGACGUGAUCCUCUCCAUGUCCUUCAACACCAACGGCAGCCUGCUGGCCACUGCCUGUAAAGACCGCAAGAUUCGGGUUGUCGAUCCCCGAGCAGGGGCCGUCCUCCAGGAAGCCAGCUAUAAGGGGCACCGGGCCAGCAAAGUGCUAUUUCUGGGGAACCUGAAGAAGCUGCUGUCCACGGGCACAUCCCGAUGGAACAACCGGCAGAUGGCCCUGUGGGACCAGGAUGACCUCUCUGUGCCUCUCGCAGAGGAGGACCUCGAUGGCUCCUCAGGCGUGCUGUUUCCGUUCUAUGACUCGGACACCAACAUGCUCUACGUGGUGGGGAAGGGAGACGGGAACAUCCGCUACUAUGAGGUCAGCAGCGACAAACCUCACCUGAACUACCUGACCGAGUACCGCUCCUAUAACCCACAGAAGGGGAUCGGUGUUAUGCCAAAAAGAGGUCUUGACGUGUCCUCCUGUGAGAUCUUCCGCUUCUACAAGCUGAUUACAACCAAAAGCCUCAUCGAGCCCAUAUCCAUGAUUGUACCCCGGCGGUCGGAAUCCUACCAAGAGGACAUCUACCCGCCCACGGCAGGUGCCCAGCCCUCUCUGACGGCCCAGGAGUGGCUCAGUGGGAUGAAUAAAGGGCCAGUCCUGAUGUCCCUUAGGCCUGGCUCCGAGCUGCUGAGCCCCCAGCCUCUGCCCCCAGAGAGACCCCUCUCCAAGCCCAGGGCCCACACCUCGCCUCGUCUCUUCAACCAGACAGAAAAGCUGGCUGCAGAAGAUGGCCGGAGGCCCCUCUCCCUGCUGGAGGAGAGGGCGCCACGGUGGGCGUCAGAACACAGACUGGAGGAGAAGAAAACUUGGUUCACAAAUGGCUUUGACAUCUUCGAAUGCCCCCCACCAAAGACAGAGAACGAGCUGCUGCAGAUGUUCUAUCGGCAACAAGAUGAGAUCCGAAGGCUCCGGGAGCUGGUGACCCAGCGUGAGGUCCAGGCCAAACAAUUGGAACUGGAGAUCAAAAACUUGCGGAUGGACUCAGAGAGGCUCUGAGCAGGGUCCUCUGCCCUCCUCGCCCUCAGGGACACCACUCGGCUCACGGAGAGGUCCGGAACCAAACCACAGGUCCCCCGAGAACAGCCACUAUUUCUGUAUUUUUUACCAGAGAUGAAACGCUUGGUCGCUGAAAGAUUCCAGUGGGACCUGGUGCCGAUUUUCUAUUUGCCUUCUUGAAACAACAGUGUCUGAAUUGACUCUUUUUAGAUGAUACCUUGCCUUCUGUUUAAUUGUUUUGAAGGGUCCACGGUAACUUCUCAAGGGGAAGAACAUUGUAGAAAGUUAGAGCUGGAAGGUCCUAGGAGGUGAACCUUCCUGUGGUUUUCAAACUGUGGUCCAUAGCAAGGGGGGAAGGCUAAGUCAG